GCAGGACUCCCUCGUAGCCAAGUGAGGCAGCAUGGCAAUGUUCUUGGGGGCAUCCUGAAGCGCUUUCGCCGAGCCAACGGCUUCUUGGAGGAGAUCUGGCAGGGCACCAUUGAGAGAGAGUGCAUUGAGGAGGUCUGCAGCUAUGAGGAGGUCAAGGAGGUGUUUGAGAACAAGGAGAAGACGAUGGAGUUUUGGAAGGGCUACACCACUUCUGUCUACUCUGUCAAGGACCCCGGGCACAGCACGGAGCGCUCGGAUGCCAUGUAUGUGGUGGUGCCCCUCUUGGGAGUGGCUCUUCUGAUAGUCAUCGCCCUCUUCAUCAUCUGGAGGUGCCAGCUUCAAAAAGCCACCCGCCACCGUCCUUCCUACGCCCAGAACCGUUACCUGGCCAGCCGGACAGGACGCAGCCUCCCCAGGGUCAUGGUGUACCAGGAACGGUCGCAAAGCCAAGGGGACACCCAGUCCCAGCGAGAAGUGAGUAACCGUGUGGCUGGCGAUGGCAGAGCUGGGGGCAGCCCCCCGCAAGAUGACACUCUCCACCCGCCAGAGCAUUCGGUCUCCGUCCUCUCCAGACUGUCCAGUGCCACCCCUCCGCCUUCCUAUGAGGAGGUGACGGGCCACCCCGAGAGCAGCAGUGGUGAAGAGACCAGCGUCUCCUACAGCGACCCGCCGCCCAAGUACGAAGAGAUCAUGGCCACGGCCACUGCCGGGGGCAAAUAG